GUCAUGGUGAAGUUGAUAGUGUCCGUUGGGCUGUUUUCAUUUUCCACUUUAAAACUGAACCAGAACAGUUUGGCGCCAGAAAACUGGAACUGUGCUUUUUCCAUUGGUCAUCAGUCCACUGCUGAUGGUUCCUUGUUUUUUUUGGUACCUGCUCAAGAUCGGUACCAGUAGGAUCUAAUACGACCUACAGCAGCAGUUACCAGUUACACUCCUGGUGGUCCCACACUUUGCAUGUUAUUGUGUUUUCCCACAUUUAACACAUCUGUUACAACUCAUUAACUAGUUAACAAAGCUUUUCCUGAGCUGGAUCUAAAAUAGGGAAAACAAAAAUGUGCAGAGCAACAAAAAUGUACCGAGGACUGAGAUGAGGAAGCCUGUUUCUGCAUAAUUAAAUGGUUAAGAUGUAAACAAAGUCAUUCAGAGUGGUUUGGUGUGAAAUACUCUGUUCUAAAGAAACUUACUGAGUCAGAAUUGUUCACAGUGGUGGUGAUAGGAACCAGACGUCCACCUCUAAAAGCUCCCUCACGGGAAGUUAUUAUAUGAAAUGGUUAUGAAUUCACUGCCUGAUGCCUGAGACAUUGUUUACAAGAGUUUUAAGAUUAAUUCUUUGUCUAAAAUGUACUUUUUGAAUCCAUUUAUGGGGAAAAGUUUCAUGGACAGUGUUAUAACACAAAAUAGGCCCUAAAGAAAAUGCAUUUUUACAGAUUUCCCACUAUUUUACCAUCAUCAUCAUUCCAUAUAAAACUCAGAAGACUUGUGUAGGUUCUCUGGUGGUUUCAGAUAGUAAAUAAGAUGUUUAUAUUAGUGUUGUAGACAUUGUGACCCCUGGUUCCUAUCACCACCACUGUAAACAAACCAUUUCAGAAGCAAAACAUGAAAAGGUUUGCUUACAUCUCAAUGAUUUAAUAAAAAUCUUUGGAAUUCCCCCUUAAAGGAGUCCUCUGCUUUUUCUCAAGAACAGAAAAACUAUUCACUCAAAAAGCAGGAUGUUUUCCAUUCUUUGACUAAACACUUACACUUCAGUACUCUUCAAGUGAUUGUCUGUAUGUACAUAUGCUGCAGAUAUAGUGCAUUGAGGGGCAUUUUAUUGUUAUUGUAGGUUGAAAAAAGACAAAAUAUUCCUUUAAUGGGAUGAAAAUAGCCUUAAAUCAGGUAAAAUAGCCCUGGAUCAGGCUUAAUGUAUCUGAUUUUCGAUUUUGGUCAAGACUGCAGCGGAGAGGCACUUUUCAGCAUAGUAAAACAUUUGGAAAUUUGAGGCUUUUCCUCCUCGUUCAUUCAUGAAAAACCGUCAGAAUCGCUCUGUACAGUGAAUUCAUUGUGAGGUCAGGCUGUCAUGGAUUUGCACUUGCUGUGUUUUGCUUUCAUGCCAUGCUGGAUUUGUUUGUCCUUGGCUGCUCGGUCACUAACCUGGCCUUAUCUCUCUCCCCUGUGACCUGCUCUUUGGUGGACUGACCGCAGGUCCCAGAUCGAUCCCAGUGUAGUCUGAAAUAAUGUCACUUUCCUCGAUCCUCAGGACAUUCUUGCUGUUUUUCUAAUGGGAACGUUACUCUUCACUGGAAAUACUGCAGGCCAGGCUCCCUCGGGGGGGUUUUUGGUUUGGAUGAUGUUGAUGCUUUUGAGUGGUUGAUUCUUUUUGGGUUUGCUCUGUUUUGAAGAGAGGGAGGGAGAGAGAGGGGCAAGCUCCAAAUCUCUCGUUCCAUAUAAAGGUCCAUAUAAAGCGAUGGGAUAAUCCAGGCUUAGCAGCAGGAGUGUCUGCACCAGCUGGUUCAUGAGCGUCUGGGUGAGCUGCUGCGGGUGCUGAAGAGUGUGAUCGGGAAACAUCCCACCCUCAACUCGGUGGACAUCCUCAGCGCGGCCGGGACCCUCAUCGCCAAGGUCAAAGGUGUGAACUACAAGGAGGUGAAUGAAGACAACAAGCAGGAGCUGUUUGGAGAAAUCUACUCGUCUAUAGACACACUGGCCUUCACCUUCGGCAAUGUAGUGUCUGACUUCCUUAUGGGCGAUGUAGAGAGUGGAUCCUCGUCAGGGCUUGCUCAGACGCGCAGGAGCAGGUCUUCGGAGAACCUGUCGGUGGAGUCUGGGGGAUGCGCUCCGGAGAAAGAUGACCCUCCAGGUCCAUCAGCGCCGGUGCCAGUGGAGGAGCUGGAUGGUGUUCUGCUGCAGAGCGACAGUGGGGUGGAGUCCGCUCUCCUCUACGCCAAAGCCUGGUCCAAAUACACCAAGGAGCUGCUCAACUGGGUGGACAAGCGCCUCAGCAUGGAUAUGGAGUGCGCCAAAAGCCUCGCCAAAAUGGCCGAGUCCGCGAAGACCCUGGCGAGUCAGCAGGAUCACAUGCCGUUCCGGGACAUCUACAUCACUGCCUUUAAGAAUGAUAUCGAGCACAGCAAAGUCCUGCAGCACACGGCCGCCGCUCUCCAGGCCAACAAGUUCAUGCAGCCACUCCUGACACGGAAGAAUGAGCUGGACAAGCUGAGGAAGGAGGUGAAGGAGCAGUGGCAGAGGGAGCAGAAGAAAAUGCAUGAGGCUGAGAGCGCUCUGAAGAAAGCCCGUGUGCUGAAGGCUCAGAGGCAGGAGGAGUACGAGAGAGCUCGAAGCUCCACCAGCCGCGCUGAGGAGGACCAGCUGGGGGCCGGAGGAAAACAGCUGGAGAAGAGACGCAGACUGGAGGAUGAAGCACUGCAGAAGGCAGAAGAAGCCAGAGAACACUAUAAGCACUGCGUCACAGACGUAGGAGUGAAGAAGGCCGACCUGGCAAACGCUAAGCGUGACAUCCUGGCCCAGAUCCGCACCCUCGUCUUCCAGUGUGACCUCACGCUCAAAGCUGUGACGGUGAACUGGUUCCAGAUGCAGCAGGCUCAGGUGGUCAGCAUACCUGUGAAUAAUCAGACGCUGUGCGAGAGCGCUAAGCUGUACGAGCCGGGGCAGCGCUACACGGAGUUUGUGAGGGGUCUGGCGUCGGACAGGAGCAGAGCGGAGUCCUUCUCUUUCGAUGGAGCUGCGAUUCAGAACGCAGGGUCUCCUCUCAAUAAGAGGUCCGCAAGCACCAGCCUGUCGUCACAGGUGUCUGUGGCGUCUGGAGACUUUCUGAGCUCAGACGAGGUGGAGGGUCUGGUGGCCACUCGCACGGGGAAGAUAGCCGAGAGACGCUCCCACAGCAGCACGGACAUUCAAGCUCUGCGGAUCCAGCCUCAAUUUAAACCCUGGUCUGCAGGCAGUCAGGGUGGGGGGAUGUGCAGUGACUCGGAAAGUGCAGGGGGCAGCAGUGAGUCUCGCUCCAUGGACUCACCUACAGCCAGCCCAGGGGACUUUAAGAGGAGGCUUCCCCGGACCCCCUCCACGGGAACCAUGUCGUCGGCAGAUGACCUGGACGAGAGAGAGCCCCCCUCGCCUUCUGAUAAUGGGCUGAACGAGAUGGUGACGGAGACGGCCAGCUCCCCCGGGCCCUUCCGGAACACGCAGAUGUCGAAGGCGGCGCAGACGCACAAGCUGAGGAAGCUGCGGGCACCGUCCAAAUGCAGAGAGUGCGACAGCCUGGUGGUGUUCCACGGCGCAGAGUGCGAGGAGUGUUCCCUGGCCUGCCAUAAGAAGUGUCUGGAGACGUUGGCCAUCCAGUGUGGUCAUAAGAAGCUGCAGGGUAAACUGCACCUGUUUGCUGUGGACUUUGCCCAGGCGGCCAGAAACAGCCCAGACGGAAUUCCCUUCAUCAUCAAGAAGUGCACCUCAGAGAUCGAGAACAGGGCGCUCAGCAUCAAGGGAAUCUACAGAGUCAACGGGGCCAAAUCCCGCGUGGAGAAACUGUGCCAAGCUUUUGAGAACGGCAAAGAUUUAGUGGAGCUCUCUGACCUCUACCCUCAUGACAUCAGCAAUGUCCUCAAACUCUACCUGCGACAGCUUCCAGAACCUCUCAUCCUCUUCCGUUACUAUAACGACUUCAUCGGUCUCGCCAAAGAGUGUCAGAGCAUCAUCGUGGAUGAGGCGGAGAUGUCUGGGGGCAGUCCGGCCUCCGAUGCGCCGCAGGUCAGCGUGGAGCUCAACCGGGUCCUCUUUAAGAUCAAAGACCUGCUGCGGCAGCUUCCGGCCACUCACUACAAAACCCUGCAGCUGCUCAUACGCCAUCUGCACAGGGUGACGGAGAAAGCCGAGGAGAACAAGAUGACCGCCAGUAACCUGGGCAUCAUCUUCGGCCCCACGCUGAUCAAACCGCGGCAGGCCGACGCCGACGUCUCGCUCUCCUCUCUGGUGGACUACCCCUACCAGGCCCUGAUCGUGGAGCUGCUCGUCAGACAUUACGAGAUGAUCUUCGAUACUCCGCUGAGCCCCCUCCCGGCAGCCUGCCCGGUGGGGGAGAGCUCCCCCCUCCCCAUAAAGUCCCGCUUCACUCCGCAGGAGAAAGAGCAGCGGCUGAGCCGCCACUCCAGGUCCCUGGUGGACAUUAAAGAGAAGCACCAGAGUGCUAAGAUGUAUAAACGGCACUCCUCCGUUAUCCCCUCCACCCACCUCCUGGAAGAGGUGAAGGAGGUGAAAGUAAGACCUGAUGAGACGGACUUUACUGCUGUUGUAGAUGAUGAUUCGGAAGACAUGAACGGAGUGCUGUCUUCGAGCGUCCCAGAAAUGCAGAACUCGCCCGGGUUGUGUAGACGGAACCACGUUAGCAGGGUGCAGCUACGGCCGCCGCGUUCCAAACUGACCUCUCGACCCGUCAGCCUGCCCGCCGAGCGCCUCCUGAACCGAGUGGACGAACGCAACGCCCGGAACUCCGCCGACCAGCCGGAGACGAGAGGUCGGGACCCCGCCAUUGAGGAGGUGUCGGAAGAGGAGAGGCCGAAGGGUCGGGCCAGGAACCACCACAGGAACACCUACAUCGACACGCACACGCUGCGUAGGACUUGGGAUAAGCAGUACAAACACUACGACAUCCCUUCUCGGACUUCCAUGAUCGUGGCUAAGCUGCCCGAGGACACCGACGCGAGCCAGAGCAUCCCUCUCUCGACUUCAGCACCAUCAGACUCCUUCCCGGAGCGCGCCAAAACCACUAGCGCCUUUUUUAACGCUAACAAGGCCUAUGCUGUAGCGGCGCAGCCUGGCCAGAGAGAGGGCGACAGCGAGCACGGUCCUGUUCCCACAGCGUUCAGACCUCCACGGACCCUGAAGCCCCCGCCCGGAACGUUCUACAAACCGCCAGGGAACCAGGCUAAAAUGUUAGCGUUAGCAGACGCUGGGACAAAAGCGAACCCCACUAACAGCGCAGAGGACGAGGAUGAGGAGGAGGAGGAGGAAGAGGAAGAGGAGGAGGAGGAGGAGGAGGAGGAGGAGUUUGGCCUGGAGGUCUCAGUGGACGAGCCUGAGGUUGAGGCCCAACAGGCCAGCCCUCCCUCACCUCCUCAGUCGCCCAGCUCCAGCCCCGAGGAGCUUAGCCAAAACCAGGCCAAGCCGGUCUACCAGAGGUUCAGGGCCCGGCGCAUGCAGGACUUAGAGAACAGGGAGGCUCACUUUGUAUGAGCGUGUGUACAGAUAGGGAGAACUGUGAAGAGACCCAAGGAAGCAUUUUAUACAUAUGAUUAUAUAGGUUUUAUAUAUAUAUAUAUAUAUAUAUUAAUAUAUUAUUCAUGGAGAUGGCAGCUUGUAAUGAUCGUACAAGCGCAUGGACCAGUAUUAAUACAGGAUGCACUUAGCCUUGUUACAUCAUGUCUUAAUCCAAGAAUAAAAAAAAAACAAAAAAGAGAGCAAAAGAUGGACCUAAACAGAAGGCCUAACUGAAAUUUGAACACCGGUUCGUAGUCGUGAUCGUAAUUCCACAGCUGAUUUGAAGGACUCUACUCAGAAUCCCCCCAUUUACUGUGCAAUUUAACAGGUAUAAUUUGCAUCGUACUAAACCUUUAAUAUAUGCAUAUAGUAUAUUGCUGUAUUUUGUAUGUUUUACGCCAAAAAAAGUUGAUAAAAACUGUUACAGUUGUGCAAAAUCACUUUUUUUUUACAACCAAUUAAUGUACUUACGAGGACUCACUCUGCGGUCUUGACAUUUCAGUUCAUUGUAAUGCAGUAUUUUGUUCAGGAUCACGACAGAAGUGGUUUUACAUUACAGUGUCCUGUAUUUGCCAAAGUUUGGUGUUAAUCUUUUACAGGGUUUUUGUUUUACCGUUGUUACACACGCUGCACAUGUGCUGGUUUUUUAUAUCAUUUGCUUCAUUCUGUGCACAGAACAUGUCUAUAUUUUGUCUUAACUGUUAUUUCUGGCAACUGUGGACUUCCGGAAAUGUUUCAAUCAUUAAACAGAAAAUUUUUUCCAAAGGAUUUUUUAAUGUAAAUGGCAUACAUGUUGAAGCUAACUGUGGAAAUCAGAGAUUUUGCCAAAAUAAGUGCUUGUUUUAAUGGAACUGUAUCACCUUCCCACAUUUUCAUACUGUUUCCAUUCUAUUCAGUGUACGAAACAGCUAGCCGACAGUGUGAGAAAACACUUUUGUAACUUAUUAAAAAAGUGGA